GCCACCCUGGUUUUGAAAGCAGGCCUGAGCUCACUCUGACUCAGAGUCUCAGAGGCUUUCGCUUUGCAGAGCUCUUGCAAGUCUUCCUCAUCUUUUGGCAUUGCAAUUGUCAACCUGACACGGGCCAGUGGCAGGCGUCUGGAAGCGACAGGGGAGAGAAGGGAUUGCAUUCAGAAGGCUUUUGAGCGGUCUCUUGCAGCGAUUGAUAGUCCUAGUACACCAAGUUGAUUGGGAAUGAACGGCGCGGCACGCUAAGGAAGAGGUGUUAGAUUUUUCUGUACAGAUCAACACUUUAGCGACGCCAAAAGGGAGGUUGAAACGCAUUGGAUUAGCGAAUCCCGAUUGCGGACUUUCUUGGCCCAUUUUUGAGGCGAAUAUUCUUUUAGGCACAGCUUACUAGCAAUCCCCCACUUGCAGAAGUUCUAAUUGCCAAGAACAUCCUCGACGCAAUCCCAUCAAUGCUCCAAUAGCAGGGGAGAGAAAGAUGCAGACCUCCGGCAAGCGCCCCGGAAUGCAGUCGGUGGGUGCACCGCCCCCUUCAAAGCGUCUGAAUGGGGGCCCCACACAUGACACCCCGGGGGACUCGCCUGACCCGUUUGAAGACCCUGACUUUAUGGAGGAGGAGGAGGAGUUUUAUGUUGAGGAGGAAGCACCACCCGCUGCAGCUGAGAUCAGGUUGGGUGGGGACGAUGAGAGGAUGCGCCAAUGGAAGCGGCCGCCGGUAGAGCCCCCCAUUAACCAGGCUACAGAUGACAUAGUUUUUCAGCAGCUGGACAUCGACUAUGUGGUUGGCACGACCAAUCGCGACCUUCUCCCCUACCGAAGGUCCGACAAGGCCGCAAUCAUCAGAAUGUUUGGUGUCAACUCACAAGGCAACAGCGUCUGCGUCUUUGUGCAUGGCUUUGAGCCGUACUUCUACAUCCCCCUACCCCCAGGGUACAACCCCGACUCGCGUGAUAUUUACCUCAGGGACCUUGACACCGCGCUCGCAAAUGCGGACCGGCAAGGUGGCCGGCCGGGGUCAAACGUGCUGGACAUCGAAGUGGAGCGGAAGCAGAGCGUGCUAUACUACCAGCGGAAACGGAAUCGGCCCUUCCUCAAGAUCACGCUGGCGCUCCCAACGAUGGUGGCGACGCUCAGAGGCUUGAUUGAGCGCGGUUUGAUGGCCAACGGGGUCUACCUCCCAACGGACACGUACGAGAGCAACGUCCUCUUCGCACUGCGCUUCAUGAUUGACCGCAGCAUUGUGGGGUGCAACUGGAUAGAGCUCCCGGCGGGGGCCUACCGGCUCAACAGGGGCAGGGCACGGUCCUUCUGCCAGAUCGAGGUUGACGUCAUGUUCGAUAAGCUGAUUAGCCACCCCGCGAGCGGUUCCGGUCUCUACUCCACUCUCGCUCCGUUCCGGAUCCUCAGCUUCGACAUCGAGUGCCAAGGCCGGAAGGGCCACUUCCCCGAUGCCAAGGAGGACCCCGUCAUUCAGAUCGCCAACCUGGUAACCCUCCAAGGUUCUUCCAAGCCCCUCAUCCGCAACGUCAUGACGCUCAACUCCUGCUCCCCGAUCGUCGGCGCUGACGUCUUUUCCCACGACACCGAGGCCGAGCUUCUGUUGCGCUGGGCCAAGCUCGUGCGUGACGUCGACCCUGACGUCAUCAUCGGGUACAACAUCGCCAACUUCGACCUGCCGUACCUCAUCGAGCGCGCCCGCGUCAAGGGCCUGCAGGAGUUCCAGUUCCUGGGGCGAGUGCAGAACACGCGGAUCAAGAUGCGGGACACCACCUUCUCGUCCAAAGCGUACGGAACGCGGGAGAGUAAAGAGAUCACGAUUGAGGGGCGGCUUCAGUUCGACGUCCUCCAGGCGAUGCAGCGCGACUACAAGCUGAGCAGUUACUCCCUCAACUCGGUGUCGGCCAUCUUUCUGGGCGAGCAAAAGGAGGACGUGCAUCACAGCAUCAUCUCCGACCUCCAAAACGGAAACCCCGACACGCGCCGCCGCCUCGCCGUCUACUGCCUCAAGGACGCUUACCUGCCGCAGCGGCUGCUGGAUAAGCUGAUGUUUGUCUACAACUACGUCGAGAUGGCACGUGUCACGGGCGUCCCCUUCGGCUUCCUCCUCGCGCGCGGCCAGUCCAUCAAGGUGCUAUCUCAGAUCAUGCGGAAAGCACGGACGAGAGACUUGCUGGUGCCGAAUCUCAAGGUGCAAGGUCAACCGGGCGACGGCAUAGCGUAUGAGGGCGCGACGGUGCUGGAGGCGAAGCAGGGCUUCUACGAAAAGCCGAUCGCGACGCUCGACUUUGCGUCGCUGUACCCGUCGAUCAUGAUGGCGCACAACCUGUGCUAUACAACAUUGAUUCCGAAGAAUCAAGUGGCGGAGGUUGCCAGCGACAUCGGGCCUGAGAACGUCACCAAAACGCCGACGGGGGACACGUUCGUCAAGGCGGACAUGGAAAAGGGUAUCUUGCCUGAGAUCCUGGAGGAGCUUCUGGCCGCGCGGAAACGCGCCAAGGCUGACCUCAAGCUGGCCAAGGAUCCUCUCGAGAAGGCCGUGCUGGAUGGACGACAGCUGGCACUCAAGGUGUCGGCCAACUCGGUGUACGGCUUCACGGGUGCCACGGUUGGAAAGCUGCCGUGCCUGGAAAUCUCCUCAAGUACGACGGCAUAUGGGCGGCAAAUGAUCGAACACACCAAGAUGCACGUACAGUCCAAGUUCAACAUCGCCAACGGAUACAAGUUCGACGCUGAGGUCAUCUACGGAGACACCGACUCGGUAAUGAUCCGGUUCGGGCCGGAUGACGUCAGCAUGGCGAUGGAGCUCGGUCGGGAAGCAGCCGGUUACGUCAGCGCCACAUUCAUCAAGCCCAUCAAGCUCGAGUUCGAGAAGGUCUACUGCCCCUAUCUGCUCAUUAGCAAGAAGCGGUAUGCGGGCCUGCUGUGGACGACUCCAGACAAGUACGACAAAAUGGACACCAAGGGGAUUGAGACUGUGCGGCGAGACAAUUGCCUGCUGGUUAAGAACCUGGUCACUGAGAGCCUGCACAAGAUCUUGAUCGACCGAGACGUGCCAGGCGCCGUGCAAUAUGUCAAGAACCAGAUCAGCAACCUGCUGACGAACAAGGUCGACCUGUCGCUGCUCGUGAUCACGAAAGGGCUCACCAAAACGGCGGAAAAGUAUGAGAACAAGUCGGCGCACAGCGAACUGGCGGAGCGGAUGCGCAAGCGCGACCCCGCGACGGCGCCAAACGUUGGGGACCGAGUACCGUACGUCAUCAUCAAGGGGGCAAAGGGGGCGAGGGGCUUCGAAAAGUCGGAGGACCCGAUCUACGUGCUCGAGAACAACAUUCCGAUCGACGCCCAGCAUUACUUGGAGAAUCAGCUGAGCAAGCCAUUGCUGCGCAUUUUCGAGCCGAUCAUGAAGAACGCGGCGCGGGAGCUGCUCCACGGGGACCACACGCGCGCGGUGUCCAUUCUGACGCCGACCGUGGGGGGCAUCAUGAAGUUCGCCAAGAAGCGGCUCAGCUGCCUCGGCUGCAAGGCGCCCAUAGAAAAGGGUACGGUCUGCGAGCACUGCGGGAAACGGGAGACGGAGCUGUACCAGAAGAGUGUACAUAACGUGCGGGAGAUGGAGGACCUGUUCGGACGACUUUGGACGCAGUGCCAACGGUGCCAAGGCAGUUUGCAUCAGGACGUCCUCUGCACCAGUCGAGACUGCCCCAUCUUCUACCGGCGGAAAAAGGUCCAAAAGGACCUAGCAGAAGCGACGACGCAACUAUCCCGCUUCGAGUUCUGAUUAAGCUGUGUUUGGCUGGACGAACUUGUGUUGGGACAGAAAAGAAAUGCUCAUUCUCAGGCCGCUCGUGUUCAUCGGGGUGUAAUUGUUGCCGUUGGGCUGGCCCUUGGUCAAUCAGACACACAUGAACCCUCUGUCACAGGACUUCAAUUCAUGAAUGCACGCUCGAGUAAAACGCCACAUAUGCCUUCUUCGAGGUUCAGCCCAUCUUCGAAGCAGCCGGU